AUCCUCAUGGUCUUGAGCUGUAUUCAAUCAAAAUCCUCUGAACUCUUAGCAGAUAAGAAAAGAAUAUACCAUCAACACGUGUACGGCUCUCGGGUUCCAAGUUUCCCCGUGAAGUCAAUUUGGACCUUUUUAGAAAAACCGAACCGAGAAAAUCGGACUGUUCUAUUCACGUAAAUAUCUAUAGUUUCAUUAUAUUCUCACUCCCUCUAGGUAGCUUCAAAAAAUUUCUUUCUCAUCGUCUCUGUCUUUGUCGAUCGCCUGAAAUUUAUCAGCAUGGGAACAGCACUAAAGCCAGUCAUUGCUGUUCUUUUCCUUUGCUUCCUUUUGGUGCCUUUUGUUUUUGCUGCAUCCAACGAUGGAUUGGUUAGAAUUGGACUUAAAAAGAGGAAAUUUGAUCAAAACAAUCGUGUUGCUGCCCAGUUUGAGUCCAAGGAAGGAGAGGCUUUGCGAGCUUCAAUUAGAAAGUAUCAUCUUCAUGGGAAUUUGGGUGACGAAGAAGAUAUAGACAUAGUAUCACUAAAGAACUACAUGGAUGCCCAGUACUUUGGUGAGAUUGGUAUUGGUACUCCCCCACAAAAGUUCACUGUGAUAUUUGACACUGGUAGUUCUAAUCUAUGGGUGCCCUCUUCCAAGUGCUACUUUUCAGUUGCCUGCUAUUUCCAUUCCAAGUACAAGGCUGGCCAUUCAAGCACCUACAAGAAGAAUGGAAAACCAGCAGAUAUCCGUUAUGGAACUGGUGCUAUUUCUGGCUUCUUUAGUCAAGACCAUGUGAAAGUGGGUGAUCUUGUGGUCAAGAAUCAGGAAUUUAUUGAAGCAACCAGGGAGCCCAGCAUCACAUUCUUGGUAGCAAAGUUUGAUGGUAUACUUGGACUUGGGUUUCAAGAGAUAUCAGUUGGAAAGGCUGUACCUGUUUGGUACAACAUGUUCAAUCAGGGGCUUGUAAAAGAACCAGUCUUCUCAUUUUGGUUUAACCGCAAUGCCGAUGAAGACGAAGGGGGUGAGAUAGUUUUUGGUGGGGUGGACCCGAACCAUUUCAAGGGUGAGCACACAUAUGUCCCUGUGACACAGAAAGGGUAUUGGCAGUUCGACAUGGGUGAUGUCUUGGUUGAUGGUAAAACGACUGGAAUUUGCGGCAGUGGCUGUGCAGCAAUUGCUGAUUCUGGAACUUCUUUGUUGGCUGGUCCUACGGCUAUCAUUGCUGAAGUAAAUCAUGCCAUUGGAGCAACUGGAGUUGUUAGUCAAGAAUGCAAGGCUGUUGUUGCUCAAUAUGGAGAAACCAUAAUUGAGAUGCUAUUAGCUAAGGACCAACCAGAAAAAAUUUGCUCGCAGAUUGGUUUGUGCACAUUCGAUGGUUCUAGAGGUGUAAGUAUGGGCAUUGAGAGUGUUGUGAAUGAGAAUGAUCAUGAAGCGGCUGGUGGUUUGCGCGACACAAUGUGCUCUGCUUGUGAGAUGGCAGUUGUGUGGAUGCAGAAUAAGCUCAAGCAGAACAUAACACAGGAGAGCAUACUUAACUAUGUCAAUGAUCUAUGUGAAAAAUUGCCUAGUCCAAUGGGAGAAUCAGCUGUAGAUUGUGGUAGUGUGUCUACAUUGCCUAAUGUGUCCUUUACAAUUGGUGGAAAAGUUUUUGACCUCGCCCCAGAGCAGUAUGUCCUCAAAGUGGGCGAGGGAGAAGCUGCUCAAUGCAUUAGUGGAUUCACAGCCAUUGAUGUGCCACCACCUCGUGGUCCCCUCUGGAUCUUGGGAGAUGUUUUCAUGGGUCCCUUCCAUACAGUAUUUGACUAUGGUAAUAUGAGAGUUGGAUUUGCAGAAGCUGCGUAACUGGCUUACUGCUAAGGUUCUGCUGUUCAGUGUUAUACUGCUUGGUUAUCUUUUAUGCUUUUAUUACGUGCCAGUGUUUCGGGAUUGGCUUUGAAACUGUGGGAAUUAUCCCUAAUGUAAAUAUCUGAAUUAACUUGCUUUACCUUCACGGAUUUUAGUUUGAAGGUGUUAUGUAAGCUAUCGACAUUUGAAGCGAUGAAUAAUAGAAUGUAGAUUUUAUGCACGAGUAAUACGAUGCUCUAUAAUUGUA